AUGAGUUUCAAUAGAAAGAGAAGGUUUGAUGACGGUAACCAUUGGGAGCCCCAAGGCGGCGAUCAUUGGCAACCACAAGGCGACAAUCAUUGGGAAGGUCCAAGAGAUGGUCCAAGAGAUGGUCCAAGAGAUGGUCCAAGAGAUGGCCCAAGAGAUGGUGAAAGAUACAAUGGCCGUCCAUCACAACAACGUCACUAUCCACAAAAAAGAUUCCAUCCUAACAGAAGAGGUUAUCAAACCAGAUUUGAACCACUUUCUCCUAUUGAGAGGGUUACAAUCAAUGUUUGUAGAGAUAUAAGCAAAAUUGGUGAUAACUAUGAUUUACUGUUACUACUCAACAACUUGAACCAUAUUGCAGCACCAUUUGUUGUGGAAUUCACACAGGAGGAUUAUUUCAGAAACAACUGCUUAACCACAAUCUUCACUGUUCUUACGGAGCAACCUCAUAAGUUGUUGAUGUUGAGUUGUUUGGUUCAAAUUGCUAACGCGCGUAAUCAAGCCAUUGGGAAGUUUGUGUUAGAGUUUUUUCACCAAAAAUGUUUAGACCUUUUAACAUCAUCAAUUCUUUCGCUCAAUCCUAGAGGAGAUGAAGGUGAUGAGGAAGAAAAGUUCCCAGAAUUACUUGUGGGUGGGGAAUCUAAUAAUACUGGAUCCUUCAACAAAUUCAAAUUAGUAUUAAGAUUCCUCGCUACUUUAACACCUAUAAUCAACAAGGAAUCAGUGUUGAAGGUUUUUGAGCAAACCUUAGAAGUUGCCAUUAAUUUACAGAAUGAAUUUCCAAGUGAAAGAUGCCCCUUGGCUGAAUCUUUGUAUUAUGGUGUUUUAAUUUCUGUUCCAUAUUUAACAGUUUUCAAUAGCAGUGACGAGGAAUUCAAGGCGUCGAUUGAUGAAAAGAUAAUAAAAAAGGCAGAAGACUUUAAAAUCGUUGAUUCAAUUGCGAUUGAUUUAGUUUGCGCAUUCAACCCAUCUGAAGAUGCCGCUUUACCAGGACAAUCAAAGCCACUUGUUAACACUAUCUUGCCAGUUAUUAAGGAUGUCGCAAAAGAUAACUACAAUAUUGUCUUGGGAAAAUUAUUCCCUGAUUAUGAAGCUCUCAUUAGGCCUGGAAUUGAAGCUGGUUUGAAUGGUGAAUUGUUAGACUUGAACAACUUUCCCCAGCUUUCAUUCCCAUCAAUUGAAAUGAUGAAAAAAAUAGCAAAGAUGGAAAUGUGCAACGGUAAAAUUGACUCUCUAUGGAAAACUCCAAGAUUGUUGUGCAAUUUCUUCCCACCAAAUGAUGACUUUGAAACGUUCCCAAAAGAUACAUCUUAUGAGGGUUUGUUAUUCAAGGAUUUAAUACAAGAUAUUGUCGAGGCAUUAGAAUAUAAUAAAUCGUUAGUUUAUGUUCAAUUAUUUUCCUUGAAAUCAUUUUUCAAAGCUGAUUUGUUUGCCCCUGUUAACUCUUCUUUGAAUGACUUGAUUGUGAUUCAUAACAAUAAUGCAAGUAUUGAGGAUGGCAGCCCAGAGACAAAGAAGUCUACUUGGUCCAUUGAGCAAAUUGUUGUGAAGAAUAUUUUAUCAUUAAUUUUUCAUUUGCCAUCCUCUCAGACUUUGCCGGUGUAUUACUAUAGUGUUUUGGCUUAUGCCUGUGAAAAUAUCCCUGCUGGUAUGGCGCCAAGUUUCGGUAAACCAUUUAGAUUUUUGUUCAAUAAUAUUGCAUCUUUAGAUUUUGAAUUAAGAUUGAGAUAUUUGGAUUGGAUGUCAUUUCAAUUGAGCAAUUUUGGAUUUAAAUGGAAGUGGCCUGAGUGGAAAAGUCGAAGUGAACAGUUGAGUUUGAGCAAGUUUAGUCCAAAAAAAUUUGUUUUUAAAAACUUGAUCCUGAAAGAAGUUAGUUUGUCUUCUAAAAGUAAUAUCUACAACACUUUUGGUGAAAAUGAAAGUGCAGAAUUCGGCAAAUAUUUGAACACUUCCUUAUUGAAUACUGUUGAAAAGGUUCAUAGUUAUGAUAAAGAGGUUUAUGGUGGUUAUGAAGUCGUCAACGAAAAUAGUUUGAAAGAAUUAAUUACCACUCAAAAUGUUGAAAAACCGCCAUUGAAAUUUGUGGAAGACCCUUCGCUCCCAUUUUUUGAAGAAGCAACAAUGAUUGUGAAAUUGUUUGAAGGUGAAGGCGGUGGCAAUGAUCAGCAAUUUUGGGAACUCUUUGAUAAAAUUGAUGAAAAAUUGAAAUCAGAUGAUAACUUAGCUACUAAGGAAUCAAAGGAGAAAUUUCUACUCAACCUUUUCUUCCAAUCAAUUUGUUCUUCAUCUUCCAGAUCUGUGUCCCAUUUUGAAAGUUUCAUUACAAAAAAUAAUCUCAGAGUUAAGAAGAUCAUUGGUUUACCAAUUGACAAGAAAGAACUUGUGGAUCUUAAUGACUCUUUCAACUAUGAGGAAUUCUACAUCACAAACUAUCAACCAUUGGUGGAUACCGAGGAGCUUCUUGCCAGGGAAUUAUGUAUUGUGAGGGCAGUUUUGCGUUAUUGGAAUGACGCCCCACAAAAUGGUUUUCUCAUCUUGGAACUUUUAUUGAAGUUGAAAUUGUUAUCAAACAAAGCCAUUAUUCAAUUUCUCUUUGAGGACAAUGACGACUGUGUGAUUUUGACGAAUUCAAUGGCCAUUGAAAUUUUCUUCAAUGUUGUUUCCAAGAUUACAGAUGCAAAAGAGUCUAUAAUGGUGGCUGAGAAAUUCCUUAGUUUGUUGAACAAAGCAUUGCAGGAUUUGAAAGCAGCAGAUUCGCUUACCGAUGUUGUCAAUGCCCCGCAAAUCGAAGAAAUCGAAACCAAUGCCGUUGUCUACGAUCUCAAAUGGAAAUAUCUCGCAGGUACUGGUUUAUUGAAAACCACUUUGAGAAAAUACCAGUCAAGUUUUCUUGCUGUUAACAAUGAAAUUAUCAACUUAGCAGCAAAAGAAAUUGCUCAUGAAGAUACCCAGAAGAAGGUGAUUGCCUGGGUCAACCAAAUGUCUAUUCUUUAA